AAAGGUGCUCGUCACUACUUUCAGCAAUUUUCUCUCGAGCUGAUCAACCGGCAAGAAAAGCUGAUAGAGCCAAGAUGCGCGCCCUGUUGGUGCUGUGUUUUGUAGCGGCUGCAUUCGCAGCUCCGCAUACCGAGGAGCAGUCUCAAGAAAAUGACCUCCUGACCGGAUUCCGCGAAUUCCGUCACUACGAGUACCGUUAUGAGUCCGAGGCCCUGACCGGCACCCAGACCCCCCAGAACAGCAGCCAGUCCGGCGUGCGCAUCCGCGCUGAUGUCGUGCUGUCCGUCCAGCCCGGCCGCCAAGUCCGCAUGGACCUGAUGGACGUGCGCCUGUACGAGUCCAACACCGGCGAGCCCAACCAGGUCCAGUGGCAGAGGUCUCCCAACUCCAACGACUUCGCCCGCGACCUGCAGCAGAACGCCGUGUGGUUCCGCUACCAGAGCGGCCGUGUGCAGGACAUCCGCCCCAGCCAGGACGAGCAGCAGUGGGUGCUGAACAUCAAGCGUGGUAUCCUGUCCCAGUUCAACUUCAACCUCAUCCAGCGCCAGGGCAACUACUCUGUCCAGGAGACCGAUGUUGUUGGGGACUGCCGUGUGAACUACACCGUGCGCGCCGACGGCGAGCAGGACGAGAUGCAGAUCCGCCGCUCCCGUGACUUCAGCCAGUGCUCUCAGCGUGCCGUCAUCUCUAACUGCACUCUGUUCGGCAACAGGUCUCCCAACACCGAGGACCUGAGGAACUCCACCUCCCAGACCAACGUCACCCUGUCCAACCUGAACAUCAACAAGCGCAGCGGCAGCCAGGAGACCCGCUCCUCCCAGCAGCAGCAGCAGCAGAACUUCAUCGUGUCCCAGGUCCAGACCCGCGAGCAGCACGUCAUCUCUCUGUACAACCAGCAGAGCCAGCAGACCCGCGAGCAGAGCCAGCAGACCGGCCAGCAGAACCAGCAGACCGGUGCCGUCACCACCAACAUCCAGCAGACCCUGCGUCUGAGGCGUGUCAGCGAGGGAGACAGCAACCUCCGCCCCGCCGAUCUGCAGCAGCGCCCCACCACCAGCCUGGUCUUCCAGCCCAUCCAGGACCAGCAGGAGAUCCGCAGGAACAUCACCCGCCGUAGCCAGACCACCGAGACCCGCCAGGAGGUUCAGGAGCAGCUGCAGCAGUGGACCCAGUCCCAGCAGGCCCAGCAGGGCAUCCAGCAGCGCCAGCAGGAGAACGAGCGCCGCCAGCAGGAGGUCAGGAGCCAGUCCCGCAGCCAGGAGCAGCAGCAGCAGCUCCAGCAGCUCCAGCAGCAGCAGCAGCGUUUCGAGCAGGAGCAGGAGCAGCAGGAGCAGCAGCAGACCCUGGCUCUCCUCAACAUCGUCCGCACCCUCCGUGAGUGCAGCCAGAACACUCUGCGCAAGGUCUACACCGACUUCGUGCAGCAGGAGCAGUUCCGCCAGCCCAUCCAGCAGGCUCUGUCCCACGUCAGCACCCAGGCUGGUGUCCAGCUGAUGACCGAGCAGAUCCAGACCGGUGAGGUCAGCGAGCAGCAGGCCCAGAACUUCCUCCGCGGCAUCGCUAUGCUCCAGCGCCCCAUCCGCCAGAACCUGGACGGCAUUCUGUUCAUCCUCCGCCAGCGCUCCCAGUCCCAGCAGGUCCGUGAGCAGGCUCUUCUGACCCUCGGCUCCCUGGUCAACACCUACACCACCCAGAACAACGUCAACGAGAAUGCCGCCCCCACUGAGGUCCGUCAGGCCCGUCACGUCCUGGUCUCUGAGCUGCAGCGUGGCCAGCAGACCGGCUCCGAGCGCGAGGUCCAGAUCGCCCUGAAGGCUAUCGGCAACGCCGGUCUGCCCUCCACCAUCCCCCAGCUGAUGCAGGUCGCCCGCAACACCCAGAGGAGCAACGGCACCCGCCAGGUCGCCAUCUACGCUAUGUGGAGGGUCGACAGGCAGCAGAUCACUCAGCAGAACCAGGAGCAGCUGUCCCAGAUUUUCAACACCCAGGAGAACGGCGUGGAGGUCCGUACCGCCGCCUUCGUCCUGCUGAUGGAGACCUGCAACUCCCAGCAGUGUGUCAACCGCAUCGUCUCCCGUCUGCAGCGCGAGUCCGACCCCCAGGUCGCCUCCUUCUGCUCCAGCUACCUGACCCAGAUGGCCCAGAACGGCCGCACCAACCCCCAGACCCAGCAGCAGUCUCGCAUCGCCCAGCAGACUCUUGAGAUGAUCGCCAACCAGACCGUCUCUGAGUUCUCUCAGCAGUUCAACGGCUCCAGGGCCAUCAUGUACGAUACUGGCUACAACAGCACUGCCGGUUCCAGGCGCAUGUCUCACUUCGUGGACUCUCACAUCCUGUUCACCGACCAGAGCCCCAUCCCCCGCUCCGUCAUGGUCAACAUCCAGAAGCACAACACUGGCUACAACUACAACGUCUUCGAGUUCGGUGUCCGCCACGAGGGUCUGGAGACUUACUUCAGCGCCGUGCGCCGCCAGCAGCAGCGUGAGCGCAGCCAGAACCGCCCAUCCACCAGCGAGGAGCGCCGCCAGCAGCAGCAGAACCGUGACUGGAUCAUGGAGGAGUGGAGCAUUCUGGAGACCGAGAGCCAGGAGCGCAGCCAGGAGCGCAGCCAGGGCCGCAGCCAGGGCCGCAGCCAGGAGCGCAGCCAGGGCCGCAGCCAGAGCCGCAGCCAGGAGCGCACCCAGCGUCCCCAGUACCAGCAGCAGACCACGGAGGACCGCAAGUGCCAGGAGCAGCAGCAGCAGCGCCGCCAGCAGAUCGUCACCCCUCAGCUGACCUACUACGUCGUCGUCAACGGCCACGAGACCACCUUCUCCACCCAGAACACCACUGGUCUUGCCCAGAUGAUCCGCAACCUGACCCGCGGCCAGGGCCUGCAGAUCCGCCAGGCUACCACCCAGGACGACUGCCGUACCUCCAUCCCCACCUCCAUGGGUCUGCCCCUCCGCAUGAGCUAUGAGGUCGCCUCCACCGUCAACGCCAACACCCGCGUGCGCAUGAACGCUGUCCGCAGGAACAUCCAGGCCACCGUCAACGGCAGGCUGAGCAUGCUGGAGCGUGCCCAGGUCUCUGUCGAUGCCUACACCCAGCAGUCCGGUAUCGUUGCCCAGAGCCAGUGGCGUAUUGGCACCAACAACGCCACCGUGUCCAUCCAGGACUGGCCCCUGCAGCUGAACAUCACCCGUGACCUGUACCAGCAGCUCAACAUGUCCACCCGUGUGAACGUGCAGACCUUCCAGCGCCGCCUGGUCACCAAGGGCCAGGGCUCCAGCCAGCAGCAGACCCAGACCAGGCCUCUGACCACCGAGCAGCAGCAGCAGCAGGCAGCAGCAGCAGCAGCAGCAGCAGGUGCAGUGCACUCCCGUCCAGUUCGUGUCCGGUAUUGAGCAGUGCGUCAGCUUCAAUGGCGUCCUUACCCAGCAGCAGCAGCGCCAGCAGCAGCAGCUGCGCCAGCAGCAGCAGCAGCAGGGCCAGAAGCAGAGCCGCCAGCAGCAGCAGUACCAGCAGACCCAGCAGCAGCAGCAGAACCCCAACUUCCUGACCACCUCUCAGACUCAGAACAGCUGGAUCGUCCGC